AGACAGCACCAUCUUGGAGAACCCAAGGCGAAGGAAGCCGUCCCCACUCGGAGUUGACAACCCCCUCCACGCCCUCUCAGGUGCGGUCCUCACUCUCGAAGCCCAGCGGGCCAGCUCCCGGAGAACCCCAGCCGGCGGGCGUGGAUCCGAGGUUCCAAUUUGUGCUUGCUGCAGAAAUGCUUUCAGAACAGACAGCAGCCCCGGGGGCAGGAUGGGAAUCGAUGAGUGUACAGCUGGAUGGAACAGAGCCCCAGAUGGAAAGAAGAAACCAUCAAGAGGGACAGUGGAGAACAGCACAGGGGCCACUGGAGCACCUGUGCUAUAACACUGAAGAAGAGCCACAGUCCCUCCAGGAGAAGGGUGAGGGCCCACAGGCUCAGUCUGCUCCCUGGGUUCCUGCAAUUCCCCAGGAGGGGAGCACCGGAGACUGGGAGAUGGCAGCUGCACUUCUUGCAGCUGGAUCACAGGGCCUGGUAACCAUCAAGGAUGUGUCACUGUGCUUUUCUCAGGAGGAGUGGCGGAGCCUGGACCCCUCUCAAACAGACUUUUAUGGAGAAUAUGUCAUGCAAGAAAACUGUGGGAUAGUAGUCUCUCUGAGAUUUCCAAUUCCCAAACUGGACAUGCUUUCUCAACUAGAGGGUGGAGAAGAACAAUGGGUCCCUGAUCGCCAAGACUUAGAGGAGAGGGACAUUCUAAGGGUCACAUACACAGGAGAUGGAAGUGAACAUGAGGGGGACACCCCUGACCUAGAAGCAGAACCUCCCAGAAUAUUAUCCAGUGUGUCUGAAGAUACCAUUCUCCGGAACCCAGAGCAGGAUGAGAGUUGGGAAUCCAUGCCCAGAAGCUCCAGAGGAAUGCUCCUGGGCUCACCUCUUCUUCAGGAAGAGAGCUUCUCAAAUCUGUGUAGCACAGAGAUGGAUUCCCUGUUAAGACCCCACACAUGCCCUCAAUGUGGGAAACAGUUUGUUUGGGGCUCCCAUCUUGCUAGACAUCAGCAAACACACACUGGAGAGAGGCCCUAUAGUUGCCUCAAGUGUGAUAAAAGCUUUGGGCGAAGACAUCACCUGAUCCGGCACCAGAAAACUCACCUACAUGACAAGCCUAGCAGGUGCUCUGAGUGUGGCAAGAAUUUCCGGUGCAACUCUCAUCUGGCCAGCCAUCAGAAAGUGCACACAGAAGGCAGGUCCUGUAAGGGCCAAGAAGUUGGAGAGAGUCCAGGGGCUCGGAAACGGCAGCGAGUGCCCCCAGUGCCAAAAUGCCAUGUGUGCACUGAAUGUGGGAAAAGUUUUGGCCGAAGGCAUCACCUAGUGAGGCACUGGCUGACCCAUACUGGGGAGAAGCCCUUCCAUUGCCCUCGCUGUGACAAGAGCUUUGGCCGCAAACACCACCUGGACAGACACCUGCUGACCCACCAAGGACAAAAUUCACGGAGCAGCUGGGACAGAGGGACAUCUGUCUUUUGAAAUCUUUUUUUGCUGUAGCUGUUGUUAAGUCUAUCAGUUGGUGCUACCAGUAGUCACUGCCAGGGCUACCCCCCUUCUGGAACUCGGUGGCCAGAAUCAUGAGUUCUGACCCUAGCCCUAGAGAUGAUGUUCCAGCAUUGGCUAGAGCAUUUCUCAUCAGUUCUGUGAGAUAACACAAACAAGCAAACUACUUUGGGCAAAAUUUUGGAAAGUAGUGCCAACUCCAUGGGCUGAUAUUCAGCCUGAGCUCACUCAUGAGGGCACAGUGGAACCAGCAGCCAUAGCUGAUGUUCAUUCUGAGUGGUUGAAGUCCAUGUCCUACCAGUUCUUAAGUAUUUUGAGUAUCUUGCACACUAUUUAUAGUCUCUUUUUAGAGAGAAGGGCCAUUUUGGUAUACUAAAGUCUCUGAAAAGUACAGUUAACUAUUUGGAAUCUCUUAAUGUGAUGUUUCCCAAAUUUACUUGCCCUCAGUAUCCUAUUUCAUAUCACACAGAACUGAUGACUCCAUGACACACACACUGAUGAAUACUGGGAAAGUUAGAAAGUAAUGAGGAAAUAGGAAAGAGAAAGUGCUCAAGUACCUAGAGCCCCCCCCAUUUUUAUCUGUAUGAAAGCAAGGAGCACUAGGCGUUGCUGUGUGGGCCCAUCACUCUUCCAUGUUAUUAUUCAUGCAUCUACAUCUCUUGCCCCCACCUACUGAGAAAUAGUGACCUUUAAUCCCCAUUCUUAUUCCCUUCAUCCUGCAUGUACAUUUAUCCAGCUGAUUGAUCAUAGUACAAUGCUAAAAGAUUUAAAAAAGUAAUCUAGGUCCACACAGAAGAAAAACAAAUUAGUCCUUUAAACAGACCCUUCUCUUUUUGACUGUCAUGUCUGUGUGUAUGUGUAUGCUGCAAGGUCUUUGAUGAGAGCAUGCUCAGUGAAAACUACAGGCUAAGUUUUCUAGGAAUUGUGUUCUGGGGAUAAGGGUAGUGGGGAAUCAGUGGGGUUUGUUUUAUUUCAAGAUAGAAAAAGGGAGCUCUGGCAGCACUGGUUCAAUGAUAAGUUGUGUACAGUUUUUCUCAGGAUCACUGAGAUGAAGACAGUUGUGGAUGUGGAUGUCUAGGUUGUGGAGCCAGAGAAGUUGUGUUGCUUGAUUUCAGGCAAGGUGCACAUAGGUUUGUGUGCUGAGUGGGGUUUUUUGGACCUGUUUUAAGUGAUUGAAUUAGAACAGGAAUCACAGUGUUUGAAGUUGUUGUCAUCACUCUUGUUUGACUUGAUGGCCUCAUCAGGUAGAAGGAGUUGUGCUUAAGUUCUCCCAGAAACAAAUCUUUAGUGGAAAAGGCUGCGGCUUAGCUUUUCAGCUUGCAAGGUAAUAAGCUUUCUGGUUGGUUGUUCACAAGAGUCUUACCUCUAAGGUGUCUACACUAAGGCUGGUAUAAGUAUUCUAGAUCUGUGACUUCAUAAGCUGGUCAUUGUUUUCUUUUUUGGUGGCCAUGUCAAUACCAGUUUUGUAAUUUAAAAAUUAUCUUUUAUGUAAGAGCAGUUCCACAGUAGGAAAAGAAACAAAAAGGAUAAAGAGUGGGAUAUUUUCUCUUUAAUGCUUAGAUCCUGGGUUUUUCCUAUUUCAAACACAAUUAGAAUUAGCCAGAGAUGCAAAGGAAAGUGAAUUAUAGCAAUCUACUUUAAUGACUGUCUAAUCUGCUCAGGAAAGACUGAGUGAAUCACAGCUCUUCAGAGUCCUGGCCUGAAGUGAAAUUGGAAAUAGGGCCAUUUUGCUGAUUGGGCUUCUUAAAGUACAAUGCCUGAGCAGCCCAGCCUCUGGCUCCUCCUACUACCAAGAAUUGUUUUCUCUCUCUCUCUCUCUCUUUCUUGACCUAGAAUGCAUUUCUUUUGUUAUGUUCCUAUGAAUGAAGUUCUUUGCAAGCAGGGCUUACCCUAUGUCCCCAGGAACAGUAUCGUAUUAGGAGCAAUUUUAAGAGAUGCCGACACUGAGCAUGGUGGUACAUGCCUUUAAUUCCAGCACCCAGGAGGCAGAGGUAGAAGGAUUGCUAUGAGUUUGAGGCACCACCCUGAGACUACCUAGUGAAUUCCAAGUCAGCCUAGGCUAGAGUGAGACCUUACCUUGAAUUUUUGAAUUUUCAAAAUAAAGAGAUGCCUAAAGAAAUAGGAAAGUACUGGGUUCUCAAGCUAAAACUGGACUGUGCUAUUUUUUUUGCUCGCCUACUUUAUUAUACAAAUUAGCUGUUUAUGAAGCUGUCUGUAACAACAUAACUUUUGAUUACAGGCCCAUUUAAGAAUCUGAUAAAAAAAAAAAAAGCCUACUUUUGUAUACACAUUAAGUAAAUUCAGAGCCCACCUAUGGAAUCUCUAAAAUGUAAGGGAUUUAUCCUAAUUCAAUGGUUAUAUUUAUACAUGUGUCAAAAGUUACAAGGCAGGUGGGGCAUGGUGGCACAUUCCUUUAAUCCCAGGAUUUGGGUGACAAAGGUAGGAAGAUUGCUGUGAGUUCAAGGCCACCUUGAGACUACAUAAUGAACUCUAGGUCAGCCUGGGCUACAGUGAGAACCUACCUCAAAAAAAAUUACAAAAAAAGUCAUUAAAUAUUUUAAGGAGAAGAUACCAGAGGCAGCAAGGGAUGAUGCUAGAGUCUUUUAAUAACUAAGAUAUUGCUUAUAUCCUAUUCUUUUUAAGGAAGGGUUCCCAGAACUCGGGAGGCAGAGGUGGGAGGAUCACUGAGAGUUCGAGGCCACCCUGAGACUACAUAGUGAAUUCCAGGUCAGCCUGGGCUACAGUGAGACCCUACCUUGAAAAAUCAACAAAAAACAAAAAGAAAGAAAGAUCUGACAUGCUGAUACAUCAGCUCCUUACAAACGUGGCAUUAAGAACUUGUAAAGGUGAUGUUCCCUUCUCAGAUUGUUCCUCUUAAUAACUAUGUUUUAAACUCCAACCAUUGUUUUAGUAAUUGGAGGGAUGGAAAGUGAAGCUCUUGAAGUGCAGGUGCAGUUAUGGAACCCAGCUGAAAAGAUGCAUGGAGUUUAAGAGUUUCUGCCAAAAGAGCAGUCCUUUGGGUCAUUUCUGGUGUACCGUUGUCUUCUCUACCUCGGUCUAGUACCACCUCCCUUGGACAAAUAAAAUAAGCAACAGCCAUCA